AUGUCUUUUGGUGGAAAAACAGUGGUACUUGGAGGUGAUUUUAGACAAAUACUACCAGUUAUACCAAAAUGCAGCAGACAAGAAAUAGUACAAGCAAGUAUAAACUCAUUAUACUUGUGGAGUAAUUUCGAAGUACUACGCUUAACCAAGAAUCUUAGGUUGCGUGGAAUUUCAAGUGCAGAAGAAGUUGCUAAGUUAAACAGCUUUGCAAAAUGGAUUGCUGAUCUAGGAGAUGGAAAUUUAGGAGAAGAGAAAAAUGGUGUCUUCAAUAUAAGGAUUCCAGAUAAUUUUGUUUUAAGAAAUGAAGUUGACCCCAUAGCAGAAAUUGUCCAAAGCACAUUUCCUUCAUACGGUCAUGGUCAAUUUGAUCAUAAAUUUUUAGAGUCCCGAGCUAUAUUAGCUCCAACAUUAGAUGUUGUGGACAAGGUGAAUGAAUACAUGAACAGUAUGAAUGAGGCAACUUCCAAGACAUAUUUGAGCUGUGAUUCAGUUUGCAAGUCAGAUACAAGUUCUGAUAUGUUAUCGGAGGUUCACACUACAGAGUUCCUUAACAGUUUGAGAUGCUCCGGUGUUCCAAACCAUUCUUUAACAUUAAAGGUUGGAUCGCCAAUUAUGCUGCUCAGAAAUAUAGACCACUCAUUGGGAUUGUGCAAUGGUACAAGGUUGAUCAUUACACAAUUAGGAAACCAUGUCAUUGAAGCUCAAAUUCUGUGUGGCAACAAUGCAGGCACCAGGGUAUUAAUACCAAGAUUGGGAUUGACUCCUUCUGACCCAAGACUACCGUUUAAAUUUCAGAGGAAGCAAUUUCCAAUAAUGUUGUCAUAUGCUAUGACAAUAAACAAGAGUCAAGGACAAACUUUAUCUAAUGUCGGACUACUAUUAAAGAAACCCGUGUUUAACCAUGGACAGUUGUAUGUAGCAGCAUCUCGGUGCGACGGGAGAGUCGAUGAUCCAAUCUUGCAGUGGUUCCCCGAGGAGUUGCGCAAGUUUCCAGGAAUGGACAGGUCGUCUUUGGCCACUCCUUGGAUUGCUCCCUGCUUGGCCGUCCGAAUUUGGCGACUUUUCCUUACUGCAGGGACUGGAAGUUCAAUUUUGAAUAAGAUCUCAAGCCAAAAGUAUGAUCUUUUAUGCUUUUUUGUUUUCGUUGUCAUUUUCAUGGCGGCCGACGAGCAGAGACCCAAGUCCUACUUGCGUCUCUGCUCGCAAGUAUAA